AUGUACAGGAUCAGGCAAUGUGAAUCCAUCUCCGUACCACAGUCAACUAGCUUCACCUGGAGACUAUCUGUCAAAUCAGCGCCUGAAAGACCGCGCUAUAUCAUUGUCGGUUUCCAAACUGACAAAGACGGUGACCAAGAGCAGAAUUCGUCCAUCUUUGACAACGUCAAUGUGAGGAAUAUAUUUGUCAUGCUAAACUCGGCUAGAUACCCCGCAGUUGACUACAACCUCUCCUUUCCCAAACAGCAAUUCAGUCGGGCGUACGGUGAUGCAGCAGCCUUCAGGUCCAAGUUUUACAACAUGGACGAGUUGGUGUCAAACCCCAACAUCACCCCCGCCGAUAACAAGACUCUUUUCCCACUGUUUGUUUUCGACGUCAGCAAGCAGAGUGAGCGACUGAAGACCGCAGUCACUGACAUCCAAAUAAAAACUCAGCUCAAUGCCAACGUGCCAGCGGGUACCGAAGCAUUUGCUGUUGUGAUUAGUGACAAGAUGAUAAACUUCAAGACCGAUGGGAAGAAGGUAAACGUUGUAUAUAGCUAG